AUGGAUGAGAACUUGAGUCAUCUCGCCAAGCUGAAAGAACUGCACACGUUAGCACUCUGCAAAGCGAACACUGCCACAACCGGUAGUGGAUUUCAAAUCACCGGUGAAGGUUUGCAGUACGUGUUAUUUCGAUUACCUAAACUGAAAUCAUUGACGCUACAUGCAAUCAAUGGGCUCAAGUUUAAUUUAUCGACUGCACUAACUCCCCCAAAGGAUGAUAAUGGUUUGAUAAGUUUGAAAGAAAAUCGGCGUAAAAAAUCCAAAAUGCAGAUAGAUCAUCCUCUCAAGCAAUUACGUCUGCAGACUUUGAAGCUGCCAUUCUCUCUCAAUUUUCCACUAUCUGAAGUGGCCCUAGAGCAGUUACAAAGUGUCACUUACUUGUCUUUACAAGAGUCCUACCUUCUACGAAGAAGGGAUCUAAAUUCCACAGAUGUGACUCGUAUCUUUAAAAGAUUACACAAUGUGAGGAAGCUGGAUUUAUCAUGUUCUAACUGUCAGAAUGUGGUUCUGUCUAAUCUACCGCCUGGUGUGGAAUGGCUGGAAUUAAGAGAUUGUUACAGUGUAUCUGUACUGGGAAUACACUCGCUAUCCAGAAGUGUUGGUUCCAACUUAAAAUAUUUAGGACUAUCAUUCUGUAACCGUUUAUCUGCGUCACUCGUGUCAGCAUUUGACAAACUGUUCCCAAAGCUUGAAGGACUUGAUCUGAGCUGCUGUCGCUCUGUCGGUGACGUGCAUGUCAAGACAUUCAACAACAUGAAACGAUUGACUUAUCUCCGUCUGGUUGGAUGUACUAAGCUGUCUGAGGAGUCUGUCAAGAUAGCACGUAUAGAAUCUGCAAAUAGGCUUUUUAUCAUUGGUCCAAAAUAUGUCAACAAUUAUAAAAAGUGAUCCGGACAUUCGCAGCCCUGCAUGAAGUUAUUGGAGUCAUUGAGGGCUGAGAUAAAAUUGAAAAUGCACCUAACUUUUCCCACCUGCUGCCCCAUCAUCAACACCUAGUUUUUGACAGUAUAGAAGUGUGGAUUUGAAAUGGAGUAUCACUGGCGACUAUCAUAUCAAUUUUGCUUCAUCAAAAACUAAUAUUUCGGAACCAUUGCAUUAGUUUUAGGUUAUUAAAGGAAGAAAAGUAA